AUGGAUACCAAAUCUGAUAAAAAGAAAUCUCGAAAGCCGCAUGUUGCUCCAGAAAGUUCCAAUUCAUCCCAACCACCUCAAUUUCGUCUUCAAAUUGGUUCCAAUCAGUUCUUGACAGUUCCACAAUUCGAUCAACUGCUUGAUCGUCUUGCCGUAUCGGAACAGACCGCCAAAGCUUCAUUGGGACCACAAUAG